ACCCAACCAUGGCUGAAGCAUUAAAGAUUGUCACAUCCCAAAGUACAGAGUGUCCAGUGUGUCUUUCUACAUUCACCGAUCCCAAGAUCCUGUCUUGUUCCCAUACGUUCUGCAAUGCAUGCCUGGACAACCUCUUAGAAUGCCGCGGUAACUCCCAGAUCCGGUGUCCUGUCUGCAGAGCUGUCACGCAGGUCCCACACCAAGAUGUCGGCAAACUACAGGUAAAUCUUGCUUUGAAAAGUCUGAUAGAUGAUAUGAAGGGCCAACCUCAGAUUUGCACAAAUUGCAAAUCCGAUGACAAGCCCCAUGCUGAUGUCUACUGCCAAGACUGCGGCAAGUAUCUCUGCACAUCUUGUCUUAAUAAGCACUAUCAGUUGGAAGGCUCCAUCGGCCAUGACGUCAUUGCCAUGAGCGAGAUCUCAUCAGGCAAGGUGCCUGUACGUAGAUACCGCAAAUGCAGUACACACAAGAAAAAAGAUGAGGAUUGCUUCUGUUCCACCUGCAGGAGAUUCACAUGCUUCAGAUGUAAUGUUAUGGAACAUACGAGAAAAGGACACACGGUCAUCGAGAGAGCUGCUUAUGAGGACAAACACAUGAAGAACAUCGGAGACCUGAAAUCAAAGGUGGAGAAGAAAAGAUCAUGCUUUCAGAAGUACAUUGAUUUCAUAGAUGAAGAAUGGAAGAAUGCUGACAUUGCUAAGAAACGAUGUACCAAGGACAUAAAAAAACAUACGAUGAAGCAGUCCGGCAGUUGA